UGCCAGGACAUAACAAUGAGCUCCAACAGCACAGACCCUGGUCUCUUCCUGACUGCCAACACCUCACCACCAGCGGCCGGAGCCUACCCACAAUCCAAUCUUCUCCACCAAGGAGGCACUGGAGGAGUCUCCUGGCUGGUUUUUCAUGUGAAUACCCUGGAUGAUAAUUCCUCUUCCACCAGCAAACUCUCAAACCUCACCUUAGAAUCCCAAAAUGGGAACAUAUCCAGCGCCCUUGAUCCCUUGGGUGGCCACCCUGUAUGGCAGGUUGUCCUCAUUGUCUUGCUGACAGGUAUGCUGUCACUUGUCACCAUCAUCGGCAACAUCCUGGUAGUGGUAUCCUUCAAGGUUAAUCGCCAGCUAAAGACGGUCAAUAACUACUUCCUGCUGAGCUUGGCUGUGGCUGACCUCAUCAUAGGGGUCAUCUCCAUGAACCUUUACACAGCUUAUCUUGUGAUGGGCUACUGGGCCAUGGGCAACUGGGCCUGUGAUCUAUGGCUGGCUAUAGACUAUGUUGCCAGUAACGCAUCAGUUAUGAACCUACUCGUCAUCAGUUUUGACCGCUACUUUUCAGUCACCAGGCCUUUGACCUACCGGGCCAAACGGACCACUAAGCGAGCUGGGAUCAUGAUCGGCCUUGCCUGGUUUGUUUCUCUAGUUCUGUGGGCCCCAGCCAUCCUGCUAUGGCAGUAUUUUGAGGGUAAAAGGACAGUACCCUCAGAUGAAUGCUACAUUCAGUUCCUCUCAGAGCCCACUAUAACCUUCUGCACAGCCAUGGCAGCUUUCUAUCUGCCUGUGACCAUAAUGAGUGUUCUCUACUGGCGCAUUUACAAGGAGACCCAGAACCGUUCAAAAGAAUUAGCUGGGUUGCAGGGUUCGGGGGGUCGUGGUGGGACAGGAGGAAGUGGUGGGAAUGGUGGGGACGAGAGAACCCGUUUUGUCCAUCAAACAGGAAGUUCUAGAAGUUGCAGCAGCUACGAGCUGACCAGGUUGUCCAAGAGGAAGAGCACAUGUCGGGAGCUGGUUGGCCGCUUCCACUGCUGGCCUGGGGUUCGUUCUUGGAGACCUGGUAGCACACGGCAUGGGGAAGGUGAUCCAGAUCAGAGCAGCAGUGACAGCUGGAACAACAAUGAUGCUGCAGUCUCGUUGGACCACUCUGGGUCUUCAGAGGACGAGGAUUGUGGGGGCAGAGAGAUGAUUUCCCAGAGUCAUGCUAUUUUCUCCAUUGUUCUCAGCCUGCCUGGUAUAAAGGCUGCUGUCAACUCCCAACUUACCUCAUGUGAGGAUCUGGAUGCAGCCUCAGAAGAGGAUCCCCUCAGGGGAGCGGAGUAUAACCGGGACAGUCUCUCUACAAUCACUACCAACACCACUGUCGCCACUUCUCCCGAUGGAGCAAACAGUUCAGAAAAUAGCUACCAUCAACGCUUCUGCUCACGCAAGAUUCAGUCAAUGCCUAUCAUCCAGGCUACGUCUAACCAAGGCUCUCUGGAUGGUCCCUCAACAACCACUGCCACGGACAUUACUUCCAUGAGCACAGCCACUAAAUCCCCCUCUGUUCCAAUGUCCUUCAAAGAGGCAGCUCUGGCAAAGCGUUUUGCAGCCCGAGCUCGAACUCAGAUCACCAAGAGGAAGCGCAUGUCCUUAGUGAAGGAGAAGAAGGCAGCUCAAACUCUCAGUGCCAUCCUCUUUGCUUUCAUCAUCACAUGGACACCUUACAACAUCAUGGUGCUGAUCAAUGCCUUCUGUAAAGAUUGCAUCCCGGAAACCCUAUGGGCAUUAGGGUAUUGGCUGUGCUAUGUUAACAGCACAGUCAACCCUAUGUGCUACGCCCUGUGCAACAAAACUUUCCGUACAACCUUUAAGAUGAUACUGUUGUGUCGUUGGGACCAGAAAAAAAGGAGGAAGCAGCAGUUUCAGCAGAGGCAGUCAGUGGUCUUCCACAGGAGGAUUCCUAGAUCAUCUACGUAAAGGACAGGAAUUUUGGAUGGUUGAUAACAGAGAAUUGAAAGAUUUACCAUAGGUAAAGGAAAAGGAAGAAGCAUCCAUGUAGUUGUUUCUCUGGAGUUUCUUUACUUAGAGAUCCUUAAUGUGUUUCUCUGCUGGUAUGACAAACACAGCAAUCCUAUGUGGUGGUCUUCAGGUGUGUGUUUGUGUUGGUGCAUCCAUUUAACAAAGCUGUGUGUCUGCAUGAAAGGUUGUAAAAGGUGAGGUCCAGAGAUGAACCUUUCCCUCUAUCCUUGAAGAACCUAGUACAGCUAAGAGAAAAUGAACUGAGUGGAAUAGAAAAGGGCUUUAAGAUGCACUGCAGGAGAAUAAUUAAAGUGCAAUUGACACAAUGGGAAAGGAUAUCUUUGUAACACAGUUGGGGAUUCACAUUUCUUAUCAUUUCUCUCUGUGGUUAGCUAGAUCUGUAAUGUGCGGAGUGGUUUUACAUUUCAAACAAAACUAUGUAUCUGUAAUACAUCACUGAAAGCCAAGACAAAAACUAUUUUGUGUUCAUGGGCUUCUAUGUUGUCCUGGUUAGACCUGCCAUCCUCUUGACUGGCAUGUGUUUUUAUCAGAACUUGUGUACAUUGCCUUUCUACAUGGAUAUAACUUUACUGUGUCCGAUGGAGUAUAAAAAGUUCUUAAAUUCUGUCUUUACUUUUCGUCAACAGAGACAUGUUAUUUUUGUGAUAUUCAUCUUUGGUUUUCUAGAUAUUCCUGAGAUUUUGAGCCAGUCUGAUAAUAAUUCUUCUGAUGAACUGAAUUGUGAAUAUUUUGUGUGGCACCACAGUCAGUGAACUGCUGUUGUGUUCAAUGUGAUUGUUGUGGUUUUUAUGGUGGAGACAAUAAGUACAUUGGUUGUGUUUUAUGUACUUGCGGUUUUCUGUUAAGAGUAUUGAUUAUACAAUGACAAUAUUCUGUUUGUGUACAUUUGGAUGUUUCUGACUUGAUACACAAUGAUUGGUUGCACACACAAAGAUAUCUGUUUAUAAAGAUGUGUGUUUUGAUUUUACACUAUCAUUUAAAUUUCUACAAAAUGAAACAUCUAAGAAACUCUUUGUAAAAGGCUACCCAUCUUUGAUAUAGUAGAACAAUGGCAGCCUCUAGUGGCUUGAGAAAGACCUGUUGUCCAGGCACAUUGCCUGGACUGCUGCACAAUCAUAAUUGUGCAGACGUUAUGCAUACUUUAAGCCUUUUGGUUUCAUGAAUUAGCUUAUAGUUAUUAAAUUUAGAUUUAGAAUAUCUAUUUGGCAUGUAAAAAAGAAUCACCACAGUCAUUGAAAGGUACAAUAUUUAACUUUCUAUCAUCAUCUGAUUUUUUUAAAUUUCAUAUGGGUGAAGUAUUUUUUCUUUGAAAUUAUUAAUAAGACUUACAGCAAUUGAUUUGUAAAUAGAAUUGAUACCUGUCUUGGUCUACAGUACAUCAGGUGUUUCUUUAUAGAAAGUGUGCGAACAUCAACAUACCAACAAAAGUCAACAUUAAGAUGCCAGCUAAGGCAAGGAUUUAUUUUAAUUUUUCUGUGUAAUGCACAUAAUGUUAUUUUUAUCUUAAGUAGAUGUUUUACAUUGUUGCUGCACCCAAAUCUUUCAGUAUAAAUAUUGUGCAAAAGUAUUUGAGGCAAAGGUUAAACUGUAUCUUGACAACUGGCAUACUGAAGAAUGAGUAGAUUUGAUUAUGUUGGAUACAGUGGUCAUAUAUUAUGGUAUGACUUAUGUGCUGUAUGCAAAAGAGAUGUUAAAAAAUAUCCCAUGCCUGUCAACAGUGGAUACUUUGUCUGCUUUCAACACAAUGUGCUCCAGUGUCACAAUACACUCUUGAUCAAAAUAUGAGAUUUUUGUACUUAAGUAUCGGGAAUGUAAACUACCAAAAUGGUGAACACAAACAUUUUGUUACAUUUCAAGUAUGUCAAUCAUACUCAUAUUUUAAGUCAAUAAACAAACA